ACGCCUAUUCAACACUACAAAGUACAGCAUUCAAUCAUCAUCACACUCAAACUUCAACAUGGACUUUAUCAAGAAAGUAGCCAAGUCGGGCAGCGCUGACAAGGGCGCCGGCGGCGACCAGGCUGCUGCAGGCAACCAGGACUAUGCCGACAAGGCCUUUGACUUUGCCAGCAAGAAGUCGGGACACAACAUUGAUCGCAACACACAAGAGAAGAUCACGGAUGGCGGACGAUCUGCCUAUGAGAAGGCGACGGGUUCCAAGGUGUCGGACAAGAUCUCGAACUGAGGCGAUUAGCAGUAGAGCCAUAAUUAAACAUCUUCUCAACUGUUA